AUGGGUUUGAGGUUUGGUCUUCAGAGGCAUUUUCUACUUAAAAGGAAUAUCAACAUCAUUAGUGAUCAAGAAUUUGCUAAAUCAAAUCAAGUUUAUGAAGCAGCAAUUGUUGAACUGAAACGGCAAGGUUUUGGCAAUGUCGAACAUCACAACUCCAUUUCGCGCGAGGAUCUCCAAAAAAUACAGUUGUCCUAUAAUCCUGCUGUGCCAGACCCGAAAAGUCUUCAAAGAUUUGUUUGGUUCAACAUCAUGUUUCAUCUAAUACGUAGAGGAAGAGAAAACCUUCGACUUUUCACGAAGCAGUCGUUCGCCAUAAAGACUGACGCGACAGGAAAAAAGUUUGUUUAUCAGGCGACAGACGAGCUAGACAAAAACCACAGAGGCCAUGACAACGCCGACGAUUCCACUGGCGAAGGUCGUAUGUACGAACAAGACGGCCCAUUGUGUCCAGUGAAGGCAUUUGAACUGUAUUUAGCAAAGCUACACCCUGAACUGUUUUGUUUAUGGCAGAAGCCUAAAUCGAAGGAACAUUUUACUGAAGCCUCCGAUGUUUGGUACUGUAAUGUUCCUGUCGGUAAAAACACUUUAGGAACUUUAAUGAGCCGGAUUUCCAAGGAUUUGGAACUUUCACAAACAUAUACUAAUCAUUGUAUUAGGGCGACAGCUGUCUCUUUACUUGACGACUGUAAUUUUGAAGCUCGUCAUAUUAUGCGUGUCUCUGGGCAUAAGUCUGAGAGUAGCAUUCGCUCGUAUUCAAGACGACUCUCAGAGAUGAAACAAAAACAAUUUCACAUUCGCUCAGUAGCGCUUGUUUUACAGAAGCUAGUACUUCAAGUGAAAUUGUACUUGUAA